ACUUUAAAGAAAGAAAAAGAAAAAAAGCUUUUAAUAUAUCAACUGACAUAGUACUUCUACAAGCACUGUUGGUUUCUUUUGUUGUGUUUUUUGGUGUUCCAUUUUUUAUCAUAAAGCUUAGAAAAGUCUGUUUCUGUCUUCUAUACCAAGGUGCAAAGCAAUGCUCUUCACCCUUUGCUGGACUGUCUGCAUGAGUGCAGUGGGCAGGAGGUCAAUUCUCACACACCUAAGGAAGGACAGCAGGGCGCUCUGAGCUCAAAAACUCCAUCAGUGAAAGUUCUGCAGCACAUACGAGCUCUUAGCUUUGGCAACCUGACUGUGAAGGAUUUAAAGGACCUGCUGAGGCACUGCCAUGGAGGAGCAGGUGCAGGAGGACACACUGGAAGUGCAGCACACAGGAGGCCACUACCCAGUGCGGGAAGGAGAGGUGUUCAAUGCACGAUACCAGGCUCUGCACGAGCUGGGCUGUGGGGCCUUUGCUACUGUCUGGUUGUGCCAGGACAUGAGGAAGAAGAAGAAUGUAGCUGUGAAGGUCCUGAAGAGCAGGGAAGGCUUUGCUGAGGCUGCCCAGGAUGAGCUCUCUCUUCUUCGAUGUGUGUGCAGCAUGAAGAAGAAGGAUCGGGCAGGAGAAAACAUCGUCUGUUUAUUAGAUGACUUCAGAAUGAUUGGAGAGAAUGGCUUCCAUAUGUGCUUGGUAUUCGAGGCGCUGGGUCCUUCCCUGCAGUUUCUGAUGGGUAACUAUGCAGCCCAGGGACUGCCUUUGCCUUUUGUGAAGAAGUCUUUACAGCAGGUGCUUGCAGGCCUGCAAUUCCUGCAUGGGCGCUGCCGGAUUAUCCACGCAGACAUCAAACCAGAGAACGUGCUGCUGUACGUUCAUGACAAAAGCCUCCCAAGGUUUCUGCUUGAUGCUGCUGACUGUGGCCAGAGAACAGAUUUGAGGCUAAAGGCACCAGGAGGCGAUCCUGGCAAUCAACUGGAAGAUGCUGAUUUAAUGAGCAUAGAAGUGAAAAUUGCUGAUCUGGGCAGUGCGUGCUGGACAUAUAAGCCUUUUUCUAAGGAGAUACAGACCCAGCCAUACCGUGCCUUAGAAGUGCUGCUUGGAUUAGACUAUGGCACUCCUGCAGACAUCUGGAGCACAGGCUGCCUGGCAUUUGAAAUGGCAACCGGGGAGUGUCUGUUUAAUCCUCAACCUGGGAAAUACUUCUCCAGAGAUGAUGAUCACGUUGCUCGCAUUAUUGAACUCCUGGGAAGGAUCCCUCCCCAGAUUGCUUUAUCCUGGAACAAGUCAACUAAGUUUUUCAGGAGGCCGGGUGCCCUCCUGCGGAUCUCCAGGCUGGUUCCCCGCAGCCUCCACACCAUCCUGACGGCCAGGCUCAAGUGGAGGAAACACGAGGUGCCUCCAUUUACCAGUUUCCUGCUGUCGGCGCUGCAAUACGCCCCUGAGAAUCGCUCCACGGCCGCUCAGUGCCUGCAGCACGCGUGGCUCAGCGCCCCGUGACCGGCCCCACGCGGUACCGCGGGUGGGAGCCCCCGGAGCGGCUCCAGCCCUUGUGGUGCCGCCUCCCGCCUCCCGCCUCCCUCCCUUGUGGUGCCGCCCCGCUGCACUGCGGUGGCCGCAGGGGUGGCGGCCCCGGGCGCUGCGCACAAGAUGGCGGCGCUGCGGGUCCCCCCCCCCGCGGCCAUUUCCUGCCCGGGGGCGUCGGUGCGGGAUGGGCGUGAGGAAAAGGGGGGGUGUGUGGACACGGAGACUCACGGCGGCUGCAAGGACGUUCCGUAGGAGCUGGGCACCGCGCCGUGUGCAUUGCUGCGGGUCCUUACACACGGAGACGCGGCGGGCAUUAAAAGGACGGUCACCACAUCCCUCUUUGCCCCCUCGGAUCGUUCCUAUCCCCGCUCCGUUCCCGUGCAGGCGGUGACCUGCACAACGAACCCCCCCAUCCCGCUCCCUCAGCCCCGGGGCCGCCCUUUGUCCCCCCCACCC